AUGAGUUUUAAAAACGCCGCCGUAUUGGCCGGGGCUAUGGUUGCCGUUAUCGCCACUGGGGCCGUUGCCUCUGGGGUCGUAUCUUGUGCUGAAGUGUACCCCCAAUCAGCCGCUUUCUUUGGUUCGAUGGGUUGCGCCUCCGCAUUGAUUUUUGCAAAUCUGGGCUCGGCCUACGGGACAGCGAAGUCUGGUGUCGGCGUGGCUCACCUUGGCAUCCUUCAUGCUGAGCGGAUCAUGCGUGGUAUCGUGCCCGUUGUCAUGGCAGGUAUUCUUGGCAUCUAUGGCCUGAUUGUUUCCGUGAUCAUUAACAACAAUAUCAAGACGGAGACGCAGUCGUACUCUGCAUUUUCUGGUUACCUUCACUUUGGUGCCGGACUGGCCGCAGGUUUGUCCUCGCUAGCUGCAGGUCUUUCCAUUGGUAUCGCAGGUGACGCGUCGGUUCGUGCUUACGGUAAACAAGAAAAGAUUUUUGUGGCCAUGAUUCUUAUGCUUAUUUUUGCUGAAGCACUGGGGCUGUACGGACUCAUUAUUGCGCUUCUCAUGAACAAUACAGCCAACAAGGUGAAUUAUGGCGCUUGCCAGUAG